AUGUCGACAACGGGUAAAACUCCUCCCAUAACCAUGAGCAAACUCUAUGUUGGGAAUUUACCUAAUGAUACCAGUGAAAAUUCUCUCCGGCAACUCUUCACCGAACAGAAUUUGUCUUGUACCACUAUUUUGAUAAAACGUGGAGGAUAUGCUUUUGUUGAUUGUCCUGAUCAAUCAUCUGCAGAUAAAGCCAUCGACAAUCUAAAUGGAUUUACUUUUAAUGGUGCAGCUUUGGUUGUGGAACCUUCAGUGGCGUCUGGCAAAAAAAAGAGUUUUUUAGCCAUAUACUUAUUACACCCGCCAGUGCUGAUGGAUAUCAUCAGCGCACCUAGCAUGAGAGGAGCAGAAGUACUCGGAUCACUUCUUGGUGAGAAUAAAGAUAAGCACAAAGUGGACAAAGCAGAACUCACAAAGUAA